AUUUCCGGACUUCGCCCCGCUCCUUCCGGAAUAGAAGUGCUUCCAGAAAGCACUCUUUUUUUUAAUGGAUAACAAAUAAUUCUACGUUGUUAUUAAUUAUAUUUUAACUAUGCAACCCAAUAGUUACUGUGGUUAAACUGGUUACAGAAAAAAGUAUUCCGACGAUCGAGACCCAGACAGAGAAAGGCAUCUCUCUUUUAAGAAACAUUCAUCGCGACUAAAGCAGAAAAUGGAGGACUGCAUCGUGAACGGGGAAUGAAAAGUACAUCGUGAAGUUGAAUGAAAAGUCCAGCUAGAAGACACGACGGCGUCCAGUCUGUGACCACACGGUUCACUGACCUGCUCCAACUGUGUGGUUCGACAGAAUAAUGAUAUCCGCCUUUCUGACAUGUUUAUACAUAUUAGGUAUCUGUGCUGCCCUCACAUUUGGAAGUAAAUGUGGACAAAGUGAAUAUUCAUCAGCAGCUGGAGAAUGCUGUCCUAUGUGUGCUAUAGGGUUUGUGGUUCGGGAAGACUGCAGAAGUGAUUCCAGUACAAUAUGUACCUCUUGUUCAAAAGGAACAUUUAUGAAUAAAACUAAUGGGAACUUCAGCUGUUUUCAGUGUAAAACCUGUGAAAAUGGCCUUCAUAUUUCACAAGACUGUACACCAGUAAAUGAUACAGUGUGUGGGGUGUUGGAUGGAUAUUAUUGCAUGCAAUAUUCAGAUGACAAAAGAGAUUGUUUAUAUGCAAUUAAACAUAGUAAAUGCAAACCAGGGGAACAGAUAAAAAAUCCAGGCACAAAGAUCUCAGAUACAGUUUGUGAGCCCUGUCCCUCAGGGUUUGACUCUCCUGAAGGUGUGAACUGCUCUAAAUGGACUGACACUCCCAUUAAAGAUGUUCAGAGCAAACCAAGAAGGAACAGAUAUGGUCUCAUAGCAGCUGUUCUCAUGUACAUAGUUCUUUUACUGUCACUUUUCAUAUUUUCAUGUUUGAAUCACCAGACAAAGAUUCAGAGGUUGCAGAACAUUAAACAAAUAAAUCGCUGGUUCCAUGCAGCUUUGUUUUGAUGCACCUGAUUCAUAUAAUAGAAAAACUUUAUUCAGAAUUGACUUUACUUGAAUUUUCUUUCCUUUUAUAUUUCCUUUUAAUUUCUUCAUAUAAUACAUGCCAGCCAACAAGUCUCAAGUUAAGUUUUAUUUUGGAUGGUCACUGGUUCUGGUGAUGUCUUUGUUCUAUCACAGUUUGUUUCAGUUGAAUAAUAAAAGAAAUUUAAAUCUGGUGAAUUUUAUCCUGUAGAGUGAAAUUAUGGAAACCAGACUGAGAUUCUCUUUGUUUUUUUUUAUAACCUGCCUCUGCUGACGUAGCCCCAUCUUUACACUCCUCUUCAAGUCAUUAUCAGUUUUGUUCUGGUUAAAUGUAUCAGUCAGAUGAAUCAGCUGUCUUUGUAGAUCUCUUAUUUCUUGUUUUUUUGUUCUUACAGAGUCCUGUAUAGGAAACAAAUCCUCACACUUCACAGUAUGCCCCAUCAACCAGUCCACUAUAAGAGCUGCUUCUAUUAUUUCAUCAUGAAUGCAUAAUGUAAGCUGGUUUAUACUAGAGAUAAUAAAUGUUAUUACAUUUUUCAAGGAAAGGAAUUCAGAAAACAGAAUCACCAGCUGUCCAACCAGACUGUAACAUGGAAGACAAGAUGCAUGAGAAUACAUGAGUUACUCCACAAGGAUUUUCUGUUUCUUACUGAGCUGCCAACUCUAUGAAAGGGCAAAUAAGACACUUUUUUGGAAACCCCAAAAAAGAGCAGCGUUUUUGCUUUGAUUAAUGCCCACUUCACGGGUCACAGACUCCUUUAAGCAGAACAGAAUUGGCCAGGACUGUAUUCUGUACAAUUUUUUUUUUUUUUUGCUGUUUUGUUGGAACUGUUUUGAUAUACAGAACAAAAACAGAGUACAGGUGACAUGGACAAACAGAGCUUAACACAUUCUGGUACCUGAUUCUUAUUGUGGAGAUUUAUUCACUAACAUACUGUGGACCAGGAACAAGAAGAAAGAAGAUCAUGUAAUACUGCAAGAUUCAUUUAAUUCAUUUUUUUUAACUUCUGAAAUCUGCAUUUAUAAUUCAUUUCUACUUUAGAGUUUCACUUUUUCAUUCAUGCAAUCAUGUUUACAUUUUUAUUUGCAAGUAUUUGGGAAAAUUAUUAUUUCCCUCCCACUUCAAUACUCUGAGUUAAAAUGUAUUUCUUUUCUAAUAUUUCCUAACUUUUAACUCAUUUAACUAUAAAUUGGUACACCCUAUUUGCCCACUGACAAAGAAAUGAUCAGUCUGUAAUUUUAAUGGUAGGUGUAUUUGAACAGUGAGAGGCAGAAUAACAACAAAAAAAAUCCAGAAAAACGCAUUUCAGGAAAGUUCUACAUUGAUUUGCAUUUUAAUGAGUGAAAUAAGUAUUUGAUUUGAGAUUUGUCACUUAUACAGGUAAGGAGCUGAGAUUACAGUAGGAGCACUCUCGGGGAGUGCUCUUAAUCUCAGCUCGUUACCUGUAUGAAAGACACCCUGUCCACAGAAGGAAGCAAUCGAUCAGAUUCCAAACUCUCCAUCAUGGCCAAGACCAAAGAGCUGUCCAUGGAUGUCAGGGACAAGACUGUAGACCUACACAAGGCUGGAAUGAGCUACAAGACCAUCUCCAAGCAGCUUGGUGAGAAGGUGACAACAGUUGGUGCAAUUAUUCCCAAAUGGAAGAAACACAAAAGGAUUGUCAAUCUUCCUCGGUCUGGGGCUCCAUGCAAGAUCUCACCUCAUGGAGUUUCAAUGAUCAUGAGAACGGCAAAGAAUCAGCCCAGAAUUACACUGGAGGAUUUUGUCAAUGAUCUCAAGGCAGCUGGGACCAUAGUCACCAAGAAAACAAUUGGUAACACUACGCCGUGAAAGACUGAAAUCCAGUAGCGCCUGCAAGAUCCCCCUGCUAAAGAAAGCACAUGUACAGGCUCAUCUGAAGUUUGCCAGUGAACAUCUGAAUGAUUCAGAGGAGAACUGGGUGAAAGUGUUGUGGUCAAAUGAGACCAAAAUCCAGCUCUUUGGCAUCAACUCAACUCACCAUGUUUAGAGGAGGAGGAAUGCUGCCUAUGACCCCAAGUAAACCAUCCCCAGGUGACAGGACAACUGCACUGCAUCAAAGGGACGAUGGACGGGGCCAUGUACUGUUAAAUCUUGGAUGAGAACCUCUGCAAAGAGGAGUGGGCUGAAAUUCCUUGAGAUGUGAGAUAUGUGCAAACCUGGUGGCCAACUACGAGAAAUGUCUGACAUCUGAUUGCCAACAAGGGUUUGCCAUCAAGUACUAAGUCAUGUUUUGCAAAGGGGUCAAAUACUUAUUUCACUCAAAAAAAAUGCAUAUAUAACUUUUUUGAAAUGUAUUUUUCUGGAUUUUUUUGUCUCUUGCUGUUCAAAUAAACCUACCAUUAAAAUUACAGACUGAUCAUUUCUUUGUCAGUGGGCAAAUGUACAAAAUCAGCAGGGGAUCAAAUAAUUUUUUCCCCUCACUGUAUGUGAGAUUGUUUUUAGAUGUAGAAACAAGCAUUAAACUGUUUUUUUUUAUGAUUAUUUGUUAAUACAUAAAAUUGAAGUAUUGUGUUCAUUUAUCCUGACAAUUCAAAAUGAUAGCCUUCCUAAAACACCUGCACUAUUUUACGACUCUCAUGUAAGCCUGUUGGAAACGUUACUUUUGAGUUUACUCUUUUGAGUUUUUCUGUACCCAAGGCCUACUUAAACAUUUUGAGGUAUCAAAACUGGUUACUGUUUGGUUGAUGUAACCAAGAGAUAUGGAGGUUAUUGACAACAACAAACUCCACAUUUUUAUACCUUGAAACUGUGGUUUUCUGAAUUUUUAUAACUCUGAAUUUUCCAUGGUCAUUUAAAAAAAAAAAACCUUUUUAAAUGAACAAAUCACUUCAAAAAGCUUUCAAUGAUGACUAUAUCACUAGAACCAUUCUUGUAGCAUUUAACAAGCUAACCUCAUUGAUAAAAUCUGUGACAAGGAAAUUAGAUCUGGAAAACAAAUUUACAUACUACUCAUUAAUACAACAGUAAGUGUUAGCUUGAUAGUAACCACACCUCAGUCCUUCACUACAGCAAUAUUAUACUACUGUGAAUAAUGAGCUGACUAAGUUAGGUUGUACAAUUUAAACCCAAAUGAUUUUUUCUACUAAAAUUGUGAACUACUCACAACCUUUUUCUAGUGUGUAUGAAAACUAAUAUGCCUUUCAAUUUUCAUGGACGUUUUUUCUUUGUUUUUUUUAUGUUGCUUUUCGUCACAGUGCUGUUAAAUGUUUAAAUCUGCUUGUGCUUUAGUCAGAGGUGUAGUGUGAAUGGGUAUGCUUCUUGAUAUUU